CAAAAUCAGCACCCACCAGUCCUCAGAUGCACAGCAACAAAUUUAGAGAGAGAGAGAGAGUGUGUGUGUUGUGUCGUGACUUGUGAAUAUGAGCCACCAUUUAAGACUAGAACACAUGCGUGAUCAAUAAGCCAUUCCCUUUGUUCCACAUUCUUCAUUAACCCCCAACCCUAGAUCUUCCUCUUCAAGCCCCUCCCUUUGCGUCACCCCAACUCAACCACCUCCUCACUCUCUAUCCAACACUUACCCUUUUCAAACCCCAGAUCUCUCCAAUUCGCCAAUUCUCCCUCUUCUUGAUUUCAACGCCAUACCCAUUUCAUAUUAUCCACCUUCACUCUUUUUUUGGCCUUCAUCACAGCUGGGGUGGUCUUGUUUCUAAUCAAGUUUGCUUCUUUUUGCUUUAAUUGUUCUCAAUUCCGCGUUUUAUUGAGUGGGGUCCUCUUGAAUUGCGCUGUUUUUUGUUAUAAACUCGUUGUUUCUUUGCUUAGAUCUAGUUGUGUUGGGGUAUGCUUUAUAUGCGGUUGUAGUGUAUUGUUGUAACUUGUAAGUGAGUUCUCAUGGCAAUGCCAUCGGGAAAUGUGGUAAUACAAGACAAAAUGCAGUUUCCAAGUGGUGCUGGUGGCGGUGGCGGCGGCGGCGGUGCUGGCGGAGAGAUCCACCAGCCCCACCACUACCGCCCGCAAUGGUUUGUUGAUGAGAGGGAUGGACUUAUUGGUUGGCUGCGAAGUGAAUUCGCAGCUGCCAAUGCCAUCAUAGACUCCCUUUGUCACCAUUUACGUGUUGUUGGUGAUCCUGGGGAGUAUGAUAUGGUCGUUGGGGCCAUUCAGCAGAGGAGGUGUAAUUGGAACCAGGUGCUGAUGAUGCAGCAAUACUUUUCUGUGGCUGACGUGGCAUAUGCGCUGCAGCAAGUGGCGUGGAGGAGACAGCAGAGGCCUCUGGAUCCAAUGAAAGUGGGUGCAAAGGAAGUUAGGAAAUCCGGUUCUGGAUACCGGCAUGGGCAGAGGUUUGAGUCUGUAAAGGAAGGUUAUAAUUCUAGUGUAGAGUCUUAUAGUCAUGAUGCAAAUGUCGCAGUUACUGGAGGCACGGAGAAAGGGACUCCAGUUGUUGAGAAGAGUGAAGAACAUAAAUCAGGUGGAAAGGUUGAGAAAGUGGGGGAUAAGGGUUUAGCAUCUGUUGAAGAGAAGAAAGAUGCUAUAACAAAUCAUCAAAGUGAUGGCAGCUUGAAGAGUGCAAGGAGUACUGAAGGAUCUUUGUCUAACUUAGAAUCCGAAGCUGUUGUAAAUGAUGGAUGUAUAUCUAAUUCUAAAGGGAACGAUUUACAUUCUGUGCAAAAUCAAAGUCAGAGCCAAAGUCUUUCUAACAUAGCAAAAACUUUUAUUGGCAAUGAAAUGUUUGAUGGGAAGACGGUGAAUGUGGUUGAUGGACUAAAGUUGUAUGACGAUUUAUUUGAUAGCACUGAAGUUGCAAAUCUUGUUUCACUGGUCAAUGAUCUAAGGGUUUCUGGAAAAAAAGGACAGUUACAAGGAAGUCAGGCAUAUAUAGUUUCAAGAAGGCCCAUGAAAGGGCAUGGAAGGGAGAUGAUUCAGUUGGGUGUUCGAAUUGCUGAUGCCCCAGCAGAAGGGGAAAAUAUGACAGGAGCCUCCAAAGAUAUGAAUGUAGAAUCUAUUCCUUCCUUGUUUCAAGAUAUUAUUGAGCGUAUGGUUUCCUCGCAAGUAAUGACUGUGAAGCCUGAUUGCUGCAUUGUGGAUUUCUAUAAUGAGGGUGAUCACUCACAACCCCACAGUUGGCCAUCAUGGUAUGGAAGGCCUGUUUAUGUGCUUUUUCUGACUGAAUGUGAAAUGACUUUUGGAAGAGUAAUUGCCUCAGAGCAUCCUGGGGAUUAUAGGGGCAGUAUCAAGCUUUCUCUAGUUCCUGGGUCCCUUCUGGUUAUGCAGGGUAAAUCCAGUGAUUUUGCUAAGCAUGCUCUUCCUUCCACACGCAAACAACGCAUACUGGUUACCUUCACAAAGUCCCAACCAAGAAAGUCACUAUCAAGUGAUGCUCAACAGCUUGCCUCGGCAGUAGCAUCUUCUCAUUGGGGUCCACCGCCAAGCCGAUCUCCCAAUCAUGUUCGUCAUCACGUAGGCCCCAAGCAUUACGCUACACUUCCAACAACUGGGGUACUGCCAGCUCCACCCAUUCGACCACAAAUGGCAGCUCCCGUUGGCAUGCAACCAUUGUUUGUUGCUGCUCCAGUUGUACCUCCCAUGCCAUUUUCUGCACCUGUGCCAAUCCCAGCUGGUUCUACCGGAUGGACAGCUGCACCUCCUCCAAGGCAUCCUCCUCCUCGAGUCCCUGCUCCUGGAACAGGAGUCUUCCUACCUCCAUCGGGCUCAGGUAAUUCAUCUCAACAGUUACCAGCAAGUACUUUGGCUGAAGUGAACCCAAGCACGGAAACUCCAACCAUGCCGGAGAAGGAAAAUGGGAAAAUUAAUCAUAAUAGUACAAGUGCUUCACCAAAAGGAAAAGUGCAAAAGCAAGAAUGCAAUGGGCAUGCUGAUGGAACUCAAGUUGAACCAGCUCUAGAGACACGGCUAGAUAGCAAUGACAAAGCUGCACCAAGUCAUUGAGCUGUACCAUACUUAUAGAGAGAGAGAGAGAGAGAGAGGUAAAGCUUAUCACACGAACACGAUAGGCUGUGAACUUAACUUGAGUUUGAAGCAAAUGUAAAGCGCGGCAACAGGAGAUAUCACUAUAUAUAUAUACUGCAGAGGAGAACAAGGGAAGGAGGUAGAACUUUUGGUUCUCUCUGUAAUCCUUUCUUUGCUCCAUUCCUUUUUUGUUGUCUUAAAAUAUUAACUAUUACAGGAAGGGAAACCCAUUCUUAAUUCUAUUUUUGGCCUUUCCUAUCUUAA